AUGUCUGACCCAACCGAUGUCAAAGACUAUGCCGACUGGACAGUCGUCUACGACGAUCAGAAUGAAAAGAAAGGAGACAAGCUAUUCGACAGACGCCAAACGCUUGCGCGGACACUGUCAAUUCCAAAGACCAUGUGCAUCAUGUCUGAUACCAAAACUGAGAUAUCAACCGUGACGGAAUUACGAUCACCCAAAUUGCAACUACCUCAACUGGGUGACGAGUCUGCGGAAAGAGUCUUCCCUGUUCGAUCUGUCGUUUCGUUCGACUCGACGCCGUCGUCCGCGUUGCCUACGCCUUCCCUCGAAAAGCUUGAGACACCUAUAUCCCCAUUUUCAGAUACUGUGGUUGGAGACCUUGGUAUCGAGCAACCUAGCUCCCAACCGAAGCGUCCCUCAGAAGAGCCCAAAUCUGAUAUUCACACCUCAAAGACACGAGAUAAUCUCGAUCCAUUGAGUCAGGGUAGCCUGGAUGGCAGCAAGGCUACUACGGGUUCUAGAGCGCCAUUCUCGACGCGUAAUAGCCCAAAUGAUGAAUUUCAGGCAAAGACACCCACAGAAGUCUUGAGCCCCCACGCCGGCAGAGGAAACGAGCUUCUCCUCGCGAGUCUACAAGCAUCCUUGCAGAACGGCAGUGAGAUCCUCGGUGUGCAGAAGAUGACAAAAGGAAUCGAACACGCGAGCGAGGAUGAGGAGGUGGUCUCUGUUCAACCUUUUGGAGUACUCCUUGUCAUCACGAAAUCCGAUGACAAGUUUGUGGUCCAAAUAGCCAGCAGCAACACCAAGUCGAUCAUUGGAUACUCUCCCGAGCAGUUAUUUGCCAGCCAAUCAUUCUGUGACUUCUUACCUUCAUCGCUUCAGGCAAAACUCAUAGCUCACACUGAAGCUGUCCUGGAUGAUGAUUACAACAUUGAAGACCUUGGCCCUGAAAUAUUCUCGCUUCCUAUACUGUCACCAGAUGGUGCUAUGCAGGAAACGUGGUGCACCAUGCACACCAGCCAAUCCUCCAAGCAGUAUAUUAUCUGCGAAAUCCAACCAGAGAGUGUUACCCGCAACUCGGGCAAUCCUUUGGACAGACUGGCUUUCCACAAGAGCGAGGAAUUGGACUCGACUUCCGGGGCUUAUUUCGAGAACUCGAACACCUCAGCUGCCGAGGACAGUAGCAUCGUUGAAUCGGAACUGCUGAACAAGAUUCCGCGAACUCUUCGGCGACUUGCAAAUGCCCAGACUCUCGAAACAUUCGUCCAAGAGACCAUUUCCGUUCUGCAGGAAUAUGUGCAGUUUGAAAGAACGACUUUGUAUCACUUCGAUAGUGAUCGAAACGGGAUUGUUCUUGCCGAUGCAACUUCCACGGGGUUGACAUCGCACGAGGGCCUUCAUUUUCCAGCAUCGAUGUUCUCCGAAGCGUCAAAGAGGCCCUACACACGGAACACAGUGUGCUUCUCAUAUUCGGCGCCUCGGGAUACCGCGCAGCUUUUGUACCGUGCUUCCGAUAGACCACCGCUUGACUUCCAGCACACUUAUUUGUCUGUCAAGCAGACGCCAUCGAGUCUCCACCCAGACAACCCUGCCAAAGCCUGUCUUUCUAUCAAGAUAAAUGUGUUCGGAAAGUUGUGGGGUCUUCUGUCAUGUCAGUCUUUUGAAAGCAAUAACAGACUCCAUCCCGUCAACCUCCAUCUCUGCUGGUUCAUUGCAGAGGCUGUCUCGAGUAAUGUCGAGCGUCUGUCGUAUAGUCUUCCAUUUCAGUUGAAGGAGCCAACUGCCUCAGACGAUACCGCUAAGACUCAGGCAAUCAAGACCCCUUUGGGUGACUUGCUUAGUCUGUUUGGUGCAGAUUAUGCCGCCGCGUCUAUCCUCGGCGAAACAAAGAUUCUGGGAAGACCAACUGAUUCCCAGGAGGUUCUGGCGCUGUUCGAGUACAUGAAAGCUAAAGAUAAUGAUGCCGUUUGUUGGUCCACGGAUAUCACCUCUGACUUCCCUGAUCUCAAUUACUCGCGCGGCUUCCACCAUCUGGCUGGGCUCUUCUAUGUUCCUUUGUCAGGAGAUGGCGAGGAUUUUAUUAUUUUCUUCCGAGCUCACUCUGCGGAGACACAAGCUGAGCAAAGCCCACCGAAUGUUGCCAAUGAAACGGAAAAUUCAAAGCGGCAACAACUUUGGUCCACGGCAGAGAUCGGAAAGGCGUCCAUCUUGUCUCAAUUAUACCGCACAUUCACUGAUGUAUGGCAAGAGAAGGAGGUCACCUUGCAGAACAAUCAACUGAUGAGAUUGCUCCUUGCCAACUCUGCACAUGAGUUCCGGACGCCUCUGAACGCGAUCAUCAAUUACUUGGAGAUUGCGCUUGACGGGUCACUGGAUCAAGAAACAAGGGACAAUAUCUCCCGAUCCCAUUCAGCCUCUAGGUCAUUGGUAUACAUCAUCAAUGAUCUUUUGGAUCUCACGAACGCCGAGAACGGACUGCGAUUAAUCAAAGACGAGGUGUUCAACCUCUCCGAAACCCUCACCGAAGCAACCGAUAUCUUCUGGGAGGAGGCAAGGCAAAAACAUGUGGCCCUGCAGGUAGUGCAACAUGCUGCUUUGCCUCCCGUCCUCGGUGACCAGCGGCGUGUACGUCAGGUCAUCACCAACUUGAUCAGUAACGCGGUGCAGCACACGUCCUCGGGGGCAGUGACGGUUGAAUCUUGCGUGGUGCCGGAAUCAUUGAAUCCAGAUCAUAUCUCCGUGGAAGUUGCAAUUCACGAUACUGGCUCUGGCAUGUCGCAGGAGACGGUAGAGGCUUUGUUUUGUGAAUUAGAACAGGUGUCCAAUAAAGGGUAUAUGAAGAACCCCAAGGCUUACGAUCAGGCGAGCAGCCAGCCUUUGGCCACCGAGAGCGUUCUCGGGCUUGGUCUUGCCCUGGUAGCUCGGAUCGUGCGUAACAUGAAUGGACAACUGAGUCUGAAGUCCGAAGCAGGAAAGGGAAGUUGCUUUAAGAUCAGGCUUGAGUUCCCUCUACCCGAUGAAGAUAGUGGACAGGAUCAAGUCGCAUCUCCAGAGCGUAUCAAAUCAAUCGAAAGGGUGACAGUUUCCCCUGCGAGUGCGGGGGAGACACCGGAGUUUAGCUUGGGAGAACCUGGCGUCCAUGUUGAUGUGAAUCUCAAAUCAGGCGAAAGUAGAACCCUCUCACUUUCUGCCAAUGCCAUUGAGCUCAAAGCAGACAAUCAAGACUCUCGUAUCUCACCAUCUGCAACAUCUCUGGAAGGACCUCACCCUUCGCAACCUUCUCAGUCCUCUACAACUACACCAGAAACAAAGCCAAACUCGAAGAUGAAUUGGAGUCUCCACGUCCUCGUCGCCGAAGACGAUCCCGUCAACAGCACCAUCGUCCGCAAGCGCCUUGAGAAAUUCGGACACACAAUCCACCUCACAGCCAACGGCAAAGAAUGCAUAACCGUCUUCAAAGAGAACCCCACUGCGUUCGAUGCAGUGCUGAUGGAUCUCCAGAUGCCCAUCGUAGACGGCGCCAGCGCAACCAGACUGAUCCGCGAAUACGAGCAGCAGGAACUGGCAAGUGAGACCACGCCCGCACCUCGCAUUCCCAUCUUCGCAGUCUCGGCAUCCCUCCGCGAAGAGCACCGCAACAGCUACCUCAGGACCGGAUUCGAUGGCUGGAUCAUGAAGCCGAUUGACUUCCAGCGUCUGGACCGGCUGCUCGGUGGAGUGAGGCACCCGUGGUUACGACAGGAAUACGUCUUCGUGCCUGGGCAGUGGGAGGAAGGGGGUUGGUUGAAGGGUUAG